CACAAAUCAAAAUCAUUUCAGCCAUAGUAGAAACUGCGAGAAAAUUCCCAAGAAAAUUCGCAAGAAAACCCCACGAGAAAAGAAUCAAGAAUCAACAAGAACAACACACGUUGAAAAUCGAAUCUCUCCGGAAUCUGUAGAACGUUGGAUUUCAAUUUCAAUCAGUUAUUGCAAGAGAAGAAGAAGAAGAAGUUGAAGAAGAAGAAGAAGAAGAAGAAGAAGAAGAAGAAGAAGAAGAAGAAGAAGAAGCAGAGAAAAAUGGUGGCUGAAGCAGAAAUCGUGUGUCAACAGAACAUGGGUGUGUUGGAUGUGAAGUUUUUUCCGAAUAAAGGGAGCAAUAUUCACGAGAUCGGUGAUGCAGAUGCCAUCAUCUCACCUCCGAGUUUUGACCGAGUUCGUCCUUCUGAACCAGUCUCCGCUGAGUUACUCACUUCACAAGAUGAUGCUAAGACUGCAGAUGCAAUCUCUGAUGCUGCACUUGAAUCUGCGGUUCUGCAAUUUGUUCCCUGUAUCCGUUCUGGUAGUUUUGCUGACAUUGGGCCACGGAGAUACAUGGAAGAUGAACAUGUAAGGAUAGAUGAUUUGUCUUCACAUCUGGGAUCACUGUACAACUUUCCCAACCCUAGUGCCUUUUAUGGGGUGUUUGAUGGUCAUGGAGGACCUGAAGCAGCAGCUUAUAUCAGAAAAAAUGUUAUUAAGUUCUUCUUUGAGGAUGUCAGUUUUCCUCAGACUUCUGAAGUUGACAAGGUGUUUUUACAAGAGGUAGAAAAUUCCCUCAGAAAGGCAUUUCUUUUGGCUGACUCAGCUUUGGCUGAUGAUUGCAGUGUGAAUACUUCAUCAGGAACCACAGCCCUUACUGCUUUCAUAUUUGGAAGGCUCUUGAUGGUGGCCAAUGCUGGUGACUGCCGAGCAGUUCUCAGCCGCAAAGGAGAGGCCAUUGACAUGUCUGAAGAUCACAGGCCUAUUUAUCCAUCAGAGCGGAGGCGAGUUGAAGAUUUGGGAGGCUACAUAGAAGAUGGAUAUCUCAAUGGGGUUCUAUCAGUUACUAGAGCACUAGGAGACUGGGACAUGAAGCUACCAAAGGGUGCCCCCUCACCUUUGAUUGCAGAACCCGAGUUCCGGCAAAUGGUUCUAACAGAAGAUGAUGAAUUCCUCAUCAUAGGAUGCGACGGCAUCUGGGAUGUGAUGUCAAGCCAGCAUGCUGUUAGCCUUGUUCGCAAAGGCCUGAGGAGGCAUGAUGACCCAGAGAGGUGCGCGAGGGACCUGGUUAUGGAGGCACUGCGACUGAACACAUUUGACAACCUCACAGUGAUAAUUGUUUGCUUCUCUUCCCUUGACCACAGGGAAUCAGAGCCAUCCCCACCUCAACGGAAAUUGAGAUGCUGUAGUCUCUCUGCAGAGGCUCUUUGUAGCUUGAGAAGCUUGUUGGAAGGAGGUGCUAGCAACUGAGUCCGAGUGUAUAUACAGUUUACUUGGAAUAAUGUGUGCUGUUUUUGACUGCUCUAGUUUAGACAUUGGAAAAAGCAGCCAUCAUUUUUUUUUCACGUGGUCGGUUGAUGUACAUAGCCCAGAUUAGAGGAUGGUGGCGGUGUAGAUAUGUAUUGUUUUUGUAUUAUAGUCCAUUUUUCUUUCCAUUAUGACCGCCAUAUUCAUGUCACAUUCUUGUGUGUCAAUAAAAUUUUCUUUGGCAUAA